AUGAUCUCCUGCGGGCGAGAGGGGCGUCCUGACUUGUAUGGUCUUGGAAUCCGCCUCGGAAUCUAUUUCCAGUGGUUCGGCGAGAUUCUCGUCGAGUUCUUUGACCAAGCCGACGUCUCCGACAUACGCCUGCUGGGCUUCCUCCUGUCCGGCGCCAUUGUUCUGGCUCUGCUCGUCCAGGUCGCGGACCAGCGGGUCCAAGGGGCAGACAUUUAUAUCAUGCUGCAGCUGGCGGCUGGCUCAUACAUCUUCCUCGUGCCCAUGUACAUAUGGAAAGCGCUCACAUGCUGCGAUCGCAGAUGGGAUCCGCUCAGGCGGACGAGAGAAACCAACAUGGCCAUCUUUAACGUCUCGACCAUGGUGCUUCUGGUCAUCAUCUCGGCUCUCCAGCUCUGGUUCUUUAGCACGUAUAUGCCGACCAAAGGACGCCAAUGUGGGUAUUACGGCUUCUUCUUCGCAAAGGUCAGGCUCGACAACACGGCGUACGUUGUGAUUAACAUCAUCGUUGGCAGAAGACCAGAGCAACUACAGGAGCAGGAUGAACAAGAGCGAAACGCAAGGCGAGAGCGAGCCAGACAGCAGCGGUCAGACCUGCUACGCACCAUGCGCGGCAUAUCCAACCUGCUUGUGUACGGGCUUCACAUCACCGCCAUUGAGCUGACCAUACGAUGGAACCAGUUCGAAAACAUUGACGGCGUGGACACUAGCGCUCAGACGGUUCCGCUGCUGGUGAGCGCCGGCAUCCUGGCUCGCUUCCUUCUGUUGCACUUUGAGGGCAGAACCGACGAUGCGUCGACUGCCGGAGGUGGUCGGCCCGUCAAUCCUGAAGAUGGCACAGAACACCAGGUUGAGGAUGAGGGCCAGGAUCAAGCCGAGGUUCCCAAUGCCGAAAUGGAGGACCUGGACGAUUUCGUCGCGGGCAUCGACCUGGACAACGACGGCGAUCCAGAGACGCGAGGCGGCAGAGAUGGCGGCGGCGAGGGAGCGACUAAGGGCGAGAGGAGUGGUUCCGCGACCGGCUCGAGUGCAUUCAAGAGGCACGACGAUUGUGCUAUGAUUGAAGAGCAGUGA